UGAACGCCUUGGGCUUUUUCCUGCCGAACCUUCCCCAUCUACGGAUCAUCGCCUCUGCAACCCCUCCUUCAGCCUGGAAUCUUCUCUCCUCUGCUACUUUGACUGAUUUGUCAAGGACGCAACCGCCAGUUACCAUGACUGAGGUAUCCUCCACCAGGUUGUACCUGGGAAACCUUCCUCGUAAUGCCACGAAGGCCGACGUCGAGGCCCAUUUUGCGACCCAUGGUACUGGUGAAAUCACCGAAAUCAAGCUUAUGAAUGGAUUCGGCUUCAUUGAGUACAAGGAUGCAAUGGAUGCUCGUGAUGUUGUGCCUGAUGGAUCCGACUUCAUGGGCGAACGCCUGACCGUACAAUUUGCCCGUGGAACCCGGCAUCGGGAAGGCGGCAGUGCCCCCGGCUUCAACAACGAGCGCGCUCCCCCGAGACCUCGGCGCACUCCCCACCGUAUGCAGAUUACGGGGCUUCCCACCGAUACCAGUUGGCAGGACCUGAAAGACUUCGCCCGCCAAUCAAGCCUUGACGUUGUCUACUCCGAGACUGGUCGCGAUGGCAAUGGACGAGGCUUCGUUGAGUUCGAGACCGCGGCAGAUUUGAGGACUGCCGUUGAGAAGCUCGAUGGUCGAGAAUUCAAGGGAAGUCGCGUCACUUGUGUCGCCGACACCCAGCCCGACAUGCCGCCUCGUGACUUGCGUGGCGCACGUUCCCGUUCCCCUGGCGGCGGCCGUCGACCCUACCCACCUCCGGUCGAUGACUAUGACCGACGUGGUCCCCCGCGUGGCUAUAGCCCGCGCAGAGACGGUUACCGCGAUGGCUACCGUGAGCGAAGUCCCCGCCGCGAGUAUUACGAUGAACGCGCUCGGUAUCGCUCGCCUCCCCGUCGUCCCAUCGACGAUUAUCCCCCUCCGCGAGGUCGUUACGACGAUCCGUACCGCCGGGAUUACCCCCCACCGCCUGACCCGUACGUUAAUGGUAGGCCUUACGACCGCCCUCCAAGGGAUUUCCCUCCCCGGGAUGCGGGUUACCCGCGUGAUGGGUACCCUCGCGAGUAUGAACGUGGUGGCCGUUACUGAUCCUGGAGGCACCUUAAACCCAACAGUCUGGGCCCAGAAAACAGCCCUUUCACCAGCAACAAGCGGGGUGUAAUAUGAGAAGGGGAUGAGUCUGGUGAGCACGGCCAGGUUGUUUUUUUCUUCUUCUUUUUUUCCCUGGUUUUAUUGUGGCAUCCUUGCGGAUGCUGAAUGCCGGGUCACGGACAUGCGGAAGGAUUUCGAUGUCUUUCUGGCGCCAGGUGGAAUACGGCUAUAGGC